UUUUCAUAAUUUGCAUGUUGUGUGCUUUGUCUAUUUUAUCUCUACUGUAACCACCUCACUCUUAGUUUUUCUGGUCUUAUCCCAAGCUGCUGAAAUGUUACUAGAAGAUUCAUGGAGGGUCAAGGUCCUUUUGAAAGACGUAAAGGCAUUUAAUUGUACUCCAAGCCAGGUUCUUGGGAAGUGCAGUUACUCUAAAGGCCUUUUGUUUUUCUUCUGCCUAUCAGGGCCGUGUGACUUUGUAAAGCUUCUCUGACUUGGAGAGAGGCAUGCUCAGGCCUUUGGGUAACCAUGGAGAAAGCACAAACAGGAACUGUUCUUGGGUUUCUGUUGCUGCGCUGUCUCUAUGGCAGUAGCCUCCUGAUGAAGAUAGGCUUUCCUCUCUCGGCUCAUACACCAGCACUCUGAAACACCGCCUGCUGGAGAACAAGGCCUGCAGAAUGAGGGACUUGCUGACAACUCAAAAUCAAAACUGUUACAGGGAACUGAUUGAGAAGGAAGCGUACACCCGGCUGGCAUGGAAGAUCAAAUACGGGAAAGACUAUCCAAGCAAAUUUGCCUCUACAAAGAGGAAAGACGCCGAGACUUCAAAACUUUCCAUCAACAAAACUAUCUUGCCUCCUCUCGUCCAGGAUCAGAAGACUCCAGAAGAGAAGAAGAAGAAGUCAACAGAGCUGAAAGUGGGGCCUACUAGUGAAGCUCCUCCAGUAAUGAGGUCAGUGACCCCCCAAACCAGAGGGGUCCUGUACCAAGGAUUCUCCAAAGAAGGUAAAGGCAGGUCCCUCUACUUACGGAACAGAACAAUGAAAAGCCCAGAGAAGAAGUUUGAGCACCCCAUCAUAUCAUCCUGGGAGUAUGGCUGGAGACUAGGAGAUUAUGCCAAAGAAGACAAAUCUCCAAUCAAGGGAAGAUCUAGAAUCGUAAAGGACACAUUUUAUGCCAGAAAUGGAAUUUUCAACUUCCCUUCUCCAACAGAUCAACUGGGAUAAUGAGGAAAAAACAUCCACUGUUUCUUUGCUUUAAAUAUAUUAUUUUUUGUCAGCCAAUAUUAUGCUGUUCCUAUUGAGGAUACUGUGAACAUAUUAGUCUUUAAUACAGAAGCAGAGGAAUAAACCUCAGGCAUGCUAAGAUUAAUGGAAAGACUUAUAAUUCCUCAACUCUGUUCACAGGAUAAAACUACCUUAGAAAAGCCAUCAAUGAUCCAUUUCAUAAAAAGUGAAAAACUC